AUGAGAUUGCUAUCGAACCUCGGUCACUCCACGCAAGACGGCGGACGCUAUAAGCAAGCCGCCCUGCGCUGUCGGCGCACCGCCCUGAACACACCAUCAAUGGACACGUCACGCUCGCCCUCGGCGUCGCGAUCGCGGUCACGGCGCUCGUACCCCAACCUCCACAACCUCUCCCUCGCACCUCUCAGCUCCAAGUACCCGCUCGACGCCUCCUCCCCGCCGUCCCCCACCGAGGACGCCAACAGUACCGACACGCCGCGCACGUCGUACAUUGCGCAGAAAUCCGCCCCCACAACCCCCGGCAUCCUCAGCCUCAGCCAGAGCCGCAGCACGUCCCGCACCGGCCGCCGCACACCCUACGCCUACGACACCUACUUCGCCCCGCCGCGCCCCGACCCUCGCGAUGCCGGCGAUAUCCCCAAGGCCCACAGCACAACCGCCCUGCUGCCCGCUGUCUCCUUCGCCGAGCCGGCGCCCCCCGAGCACGCGCGCCACCACACGCGCAAGCACACCGCCCCCCUCCCGCUGCGCCGCCACCACACCAGCGAGGGCAACGACGACUGGCUGCACCGUGCCGGGCUUGUCAUUGCGGGCGAGACGCGCGACGCGCGCGGCCAGGGCUGGCUGGUGCGCCGCGAGAGCUCUACCGCGCUAGUGGGCGCUCCAGAGCCGGACGCCUUCGCCCUGCGUGACGCAAGACUCGUCGCGCGGCUGUCGGGCGAGCCUGCUGACGGCCCCGAGUUUCCCACCUUCUCGCCGCGCGGCAGCAGGGCGCCGAGUAGGCUGGCGUCGCGCGCCGCGAGUCGGGUGCCGAGUGCACGGCAGAGUCGGCGUGGGUCGCGGGUUGGGUCGCGGGUUGAGCUCGCCAUGGCAGGGCGGCACGGGCUGGAGUUCAGAGCGGACGAGGGCGACGAGAGCGCCAUCGAGCCUGAUUUUGUCGAGGCGGACGAGGAGGGCCUGGACGAUGAGGAGGAAAUCGCGCGGUUGGCGCGGGAGCGUGGGUUUGGGCUCGGCGGCUGGGUGGAUGCGUUGAUUGGGUGGUCGCUGUUCUCUGUAGAAGAGGACGGCGAGGGGUCCGAGGAUGAAGAGGAGGGCCAAGUGCAGCCGGCGAAUCUGACCAAGGAUGAGGCGAGGCUUUUGAGGGAGGUAGAGGCGAAGAGGAGGAAGAUGGAGCGCGAGAGCAUUAUUGCUGCGAGUGCGUUGAAGGUACACGACAAGACCGAAGGCGGCGAGGUCAGGAUCGAUGUGCCCAAGCCGCCGGAGGGACAAGAGGCGGGCGGGUGGCAGGAUGCGGCGUGGCUGCUGAGUGUCGCUAGCAAGGCGCUGUUCUAG